AUGGUCAUGGACGAAAUGGUGGUUAGACGAAGUGGUGGUUGGACCAACUGGUUAUUGGAUCUAAUGGUUCUUAGACGAAAUGUUGAUGGAUGGAAUGGCAUUAGACUAAAUGAAAGUAGACCAUGUGGUGUGUGGACCCUUGCAGCAAUCCUGUCUUUACCACCCCUCACUCGGGGAUGGGGAGACUACGGCUUUCUUCCAAACCAAUCCUUCUGCUUCUGCAGAUGGCGAACCAGUAUCUCCUACACCUUCUUCAUGGUUGGUGUGUGCUUCGGUGGACCAUGUUCAGUGAUGACCUUCUGCUACGUCAACAUCCUCAAAGUCGUCCGUCAAAGCAGGAAACGCGUCGCCAGUAACCCGAUGCCAGCCAUGAAGCCAAAACCAAAGAAACUUACAGGUUCUCCAAAGGCAGAAUCAAAGAACUCAAUGCCAUCGUUCUGUGUGAACAAUGCUAAUACCGGAACGCGGUCACCGUUAAAGAGCGCGGUCCACGAUUCGGUUAACCCAACCGUUGAUGCGGUAAACGGAAGCGACGCCCGUCAAAUGCUGCGGUCCCAUCUGAAUGAUAUCAUCCGGACAAAAACGAUCGAAAUGUCGCAGAAUAGCAUGUCGCAUAAGAAUUCUCAAAUUGACCAAUCCGAUUCGGAUGAUUCCGGACGUGACAGUUCGGGACAAAAUGGGACCGACAGUGCAGAAAGCUCUCCUGUAAAAACAAACGGUAUUAGUUCACUUAGACCCAAGCCAAGAGAAAUCAAAUGGAUUGUUCCGGAGAAAAGGUCAUCCAUAGCGAGCACUACAGGAUCAACAUCCCCCAAUAAUGGCGAAGACAGUAACAGCAACAAACUUCACGGAAGGCCAAAGGGCCAGAAAGAAACAGAAAAAAGUUCCUUUGCCCGUCUUGCUGUUCCAAUGCCCGCUGACCUGGUGAGGAGAAAGCAGCGAAAGAAAAACAGAUCCGAAUCGGAGAAGCGGCGGAAAGAAGAGGAACUUAAACUAACCAAGUCUUUUUUGGUUGUCAUCUUUGUCUUCAUUCUGUGCUGGUUUCCGUUUUGUAUUACUAUGUUCUGGAGCGUUUUUUCAAAAAGGGACAACGCCGUCCCACGUCCUGUAGACAUGGGCACCUUGCUUCUCGGGUACCUGAACAGUUGCUGUAACCCUAUCAUCUACGGUGUGAUGAACAAGAGGUUCCGCGCUGGCUACAAGAGCAUUCUCUGCCGAUGGAGACACAAGAAAACCGAUAAUGGUAACACUACAUUCCAAGUAGACGGGAUAAACUUAAAUACAUCCACAAUGGGAUCUGUUGGGUAACAAUUCCAGACCUGGUGAAAUAAUGAACCUCUUAUUUUAUAACUGUACUAAGCCACUGUUCAUGGAUAAAUGCUAUGCACACCGUACCGGUAAACCACCUCAGUACAUGUAUUGGGUCAAAUGUUGUGUGAACCCCAAAUAUAGUAUUCUAAAUGGUGUACGUGGAUUUAUCUUAUUAAAAUUGAUCAACUUCUCAGACACUCUAAUAACAGAUGGACUAUACACAGUUUCCAUAUUAAUCUGGUCUAUUGCAGUUUGGCUUCACAGCACUUGGUCUGAGACUAUCUUGUACUAGUGUAAUGGUAUACUUUCCACUUCGUCUCCCUAUCAUUUUACUUUGCCAAAUGAACAACUGGUUCAUGAACAGUAAUCUAACCAUAAGCAUGUAGACUACGUGGUAAUAGACCGAGUGGAUGAUAGACGAAAUUGAUAUAAGCGAAAUGGAUAUUAGACAAAGGUCUAGUGUGCGUAAUUUCAAUUAUACCAUGGAGGUAGAAACCAAACGGUUGGUAGUCAAACUGGUUGUAGACGAACUGGUAUUCGACCGUUGCAGAAAGAGUUGCGUUUAAACGCAAGUCAAAAAAUCAAUCGCAAGUCCCAAAUGCGCGCUGUUGGUUGGUUGAAAAUCAAGUUGCGCAUGAUUUUUAGAGUUGCGAUCGAUUGCAAUUCUUUCUGCAACGGGCCCCUGGUGGGGAGAGUAAACGAAGUGAAUUUAGACCUAUCGACAAUCUACCGAACUGUCACAGUUUGGUAGUUUGUCGACAGGUCUAUAUCCGCUUCAUCAUGCGAGUCCCGUCCCGCUGCAGUACGAAAAAAUAUUUUGCCAAGAUACUCGCCACGUUUUGUCGUUAUCUACCCAGGUGUACAUGGGUACCGGAAAUGAUUUUGAUUUUAAGGAUUUAAAAAUCCUUAAGAGAUUUGAACAAUAAAACUCGUUUCAUGUCUUUAUGGUAUGGGACAAUGUUCCCAUGUUCAGAGUGUUGCGAUCAAUUUAUAUCGACAUCGUUGUGUUCAAAUUCAUAUAAGUCUCAAAUCUUUGUUCGAGGUGGUCUAAAUAUUAUAUUUGGAUUAAAGUCAAACUCGUCAGGUAAAACGGAUCCUGGUAGUCUUCAUCUUAAUGCUCAUGAUGUAUACAAAUUUGUGCUACAGUGUAUAUCAAUAGAGUACCGAAGUGAUCACGCACAAAAAGUGUUAGAUGACCACAUGGAUUGAUUCAUAAUUAGCCCUAUAUGAAGUCAGUGUAUUAUUGGCCUGGUUCCUAAAAUUUAGAACCAGGCCCAAUAAUACACUGACUUCAAUGGGGUGAAUUAUGUAUUCAUGGGGUCUUAUCUAAGACCCCCAUGGACUGAUCUCCACCACAUUUUGGUAGUGGGGGGUUUUCAUCACGCUCCACCAAAAUAUGGUAUCAAAAAUGCUGAUGUGCAAAAAGGGAAAAUUCAUGAGGUCACACUACGGUACUCUAUACAGUGCGUAUCAAAAAAAAGUUUACACUUUGAAAAAAUCCUGUAAAAUUAUACAUUUGUAAUAUCCUGAAGAUUUUUACACAUUUUAACAUAGGUACAGAUCCAUUUAAGCAAAUGACGAUAUAACUGUCGAAAAUAUUUCCGCUUGAGUGAGCCCCACUUACUUUCGAAAAGUAAGUGAAAAAUGAUUUGCGCAGAACUUUGAAAUAGUUAUGCGAAUAACACGUUGAAUUUAGCUAGUAAAAUUGAUUUGAAGAUAUCUUUUACCUUUUUAAACUUGUUUCCUUGCCCAGAACACUUCGAAGAGUGAUUUGCUUUUAAUUACACUGAGCUGUGAUUUACAUAAAAUGGCCUAGGCUGGAUUUUCAAUUUGUUAAUCAUUGUCAAGCUUGGAAAAAGUGUGGAGAAACAAGUAUUAAAUGAAAAAUGAAAUGUAAACCCACUUUAAAUGAUAAAAACUUAGUGAAAAAAUGCUGGAGAUGUCUGAUAUAAACUUUCGUUCAGAUUCAGUUAUGUCCUCAGAUCCAGCUGGCACAAAAAGGGUAAAGGUUGUGCUUACUAAGUGUUGAAAUUUCAAUAUGGGUGGCAAAAUUGUUACAAAAUGCUUGAAUGUAUCCGUUUUAUUUCAAUUGACUAAAAGUGCAAUGUAUGAGAAAUGUUUCGCAGGGUAAGUUUGAUUUCGCCCUUUCCCCUUGACACAGCGUGAAAACGAGCAUUUCUGCGCAAACAGAUUUCUGCGAGCUUUAAAAAAAUGGACAGUGCUCACUCAAGUGUAACAUUCUGUCAAAACUUUUACUUUAAUUGGAUAGAUGAGACCCAAACCCAAGAUUUUAUGUGAAGAAAUUACAAUGGAAAUGUCAGUGGCCUUCUUUUCUAAUCUCUUUACUAGUUUAAAAUCAUAUUAUUUUCAGCCCGAUGUACCUCCUGUUUUAUAUAAUUUUCUUAUACACCAGACAGAGCAUUUAGAUGCUAUACAGUGCGUAUCACAAAAAAAACGAAACCGAAGUUUAUCGGUGAUUUAUCAUAACUCAAAUACAAUAGACAAAUGACCUAUCACUGUAAAGCUUUACUUAGAAUGUCUUCGUUUAGCUUGUAUAACAUGCAAGAUUUUUCAUCCACGCAUGAGUGAGUGAAAACAAUUUGAAGAAAGGAUAGCAAAAAGUCAUUUGGCGGGGGGGGGGGUAUCAAAAUUUCAAAAAGAAAAUCACAUGCCUAAAAAGUUCAAUAUCUGCUCUUUAAUUUCAUAGCUAAAUCGCAGAAAAUGGUCAGGAAAUAACAAAGUAUGUUUCUUCAAAACAACGCUUGUCAUUUCCAUAAUUUCAUGAAACAUACGUUUUUUCACCGGUUUCGCACCGAAGCUAUCGCACAGUUAACAAAAGAUUUUCUGCAUGUCUGAUCGACAAAAAAAACCCGGAUUGUCGAGUAAGUCUAAAAGCUAUCCCGCAAAACCUCUUCACUUAAUGAAAUUAUUGGAAUUGAAGCCUUAUUUCAAACAAACGGAAGUUUUUUAUUUCUCGACCGUUUUCUGUUAUUCAGGUAUCAAAUUAAAGAACAUAUAUUGAACUUUUUUAAAAUGUGAUUUUCUUUUUGAAACUCAGAUACCGCCCGCCAAGUGACUUUUUGGAUUCCUUUCUUCAAAUUGUCUUUGCUCAUUCAAGCAUGAAUGAGGAAUAAUCUAAGUUAUUUCAAAGGAAAGAAGAGACCCUACGCUUUACAAUGAUAGGUCAUUUGUCUAUUGUAUUUGCGAUUAAGGCACGAUAAAUCAUCUAUAAAUCUCGGUUUCGUUUUUUGUGGGACGCACUGUAUUGCACAUGUUGAAAAGAGUAAUUUGCACUUUCGUACAGUGGUCAUGUUUUUUACACUUUCAAUUUAUCAAGCACUAGAUCAAUGUGUUUACUAUCCUUUAUCUGUUCAGUGGUUUUCUUCUUAAUAACACUCUUACUAUAUCUGUUAAUUGGAAGUAACCCAAAAUGAUUUUGUUAUUUUUAUGCAACAAUAAACAUUCCUUGUUGUGUGUCGGAUAUCAAAUAUAUGUUUUUUAUUGAAUGUGGAAAUGAAAAAAAAGUGAAAAUCUGUAAAUAAACAGUACUGUUACCACCGUGA